AUGAAGCAUUUCAGCCUACAGCUCGUAAGUUUGGUUGCUGGCAUCUCCAGCAGUCUGGCUUGUGGCGACUGCUCUGGUGCAAACAAUCACGUCGAGCAUGUUCGCCAUGUCAGGAGAAUGCAGCCUGGAGCUGCCAAUGCGACGUGCGGCCCUACCAGGGCUUUGGAAUGGGGUCAAGUGAACUUUUUGCACACGACUGAUACACAUGGUUGGCUCGAAGGACAUCUAAAAGAUGCCAAUUAUGGCGCUGACUGGGGCGACUUCGUGUCCUUCACUGAAACCUUAAAGAACCAAGCUGACAGCAAGGGUGCCGACUUACUAAUUAUUGAUACUGGCGAUCUUCACGACGGAACAGGCUUGUCUGAUACAACAGAUCCCAAUGGCGCGAUCUCAAUGAGGAUCUUUGAGAGACUCAAAUACGAUCUCUUGACAAUUGGAAACCAUGAGCUUCUGCUUGCCGAGGUGGCUUAUCAGACGUUCAACGAGAUUGCCAAGUUCUGGGGAGAUAAGUACUUGACAUCCAAUGUUCGGAUCUUCAAUCCGGCCGCCAACAAGUUCGAGUAUAUGGGCAAGCAGUACAAGUACUUCACAACAAAGCACGGCCUCCGCAUCAUUGCCUUUGGCAUGCUAUUCGAUAUGACACGUAACACCGAUGUUACCAAGAUCACGAAGGCAAGGGAUAUGGUCAACCAGGACUGGUUUCAGCACGCUAUUAACUCCUCCAAGCCAGUCGACAUGUUCUUGGUCCUCGGUCAUAACCCAGUAAGAUCAUCGAUAGGUGGCACUUUUGGCGUUAUCCGUGACGCAAUUCGCCAGGCUCACCCACAGACCCCUAUUCAGAUAUUUGGUGGGCAUACCCACAUUCGUGACUUCGCAGUCCUAGAUGAUAGCAGCACCGCUCUUGAGUCAGGACGAUAUUGCGAGACACUGGGGUGGGUCUCGAUGAGUGGUUUCAACAAAAGCAACAGUGAUUGGACGGGAAUCUCACCCAACCCUCGAGGCGUGCCGAGCCCUACUCGCAAGGCCACUACCAACUCCAGCUCCCCGUUUCGGUACUCGCGUAGAUAUUUGGACUGGAACCGUGCCACCUUCGAGUUUCACGCUGUGGGCAAGCAGGUUGACGAGAGCGGGCUGUCAACAACGGCAGAUAUUACCAAGUACCGUGACCAGCUUCAGCUAAGUCGGGUCUAUGGCUGUACGCCCAGAGAUUUCUGCAUCACCUGUGCGCCCUUCAACAGCCCCGAUAGCAUUUUCUCGCUGUUGUCGCAAGCCCUAGCCGAGGUUGUUGUCAACGAAACCAGAAAGGACAUCCCCCGCUACGUGAUUGCGAAUACGGGUGGGAUCCGUCUCGAUAUGUACAAAGGGCCUUUCACCUACGAUGACUUCUUCACCAUCAUGCCGUCCAGGAAUUCGCUUCUCUAUAUUCCCGAAGUUGCUUGCGGUAAGGCGGCAACCCUUCUGGACGAGCUAAACAGUGGCGGUGCCGGUCAGGAACAUAAACCUAUGCCUUUUGAGUUCGACCUAUGCGUUGACCCCAUCGUUGCACCCCUAACGACUAGAGAUGGGUCCAGCCACGUCCACGCCUUCAAGGCUGUGACCAGACGUCAGGUGGUUGACCUAGUUCCCGGAUAUAUUACAACCGAUGACUUUGGGUCCGAUGGUGAUGACACUGCGCACAGUCCGAUUCCGUAUCACAAUAUUCCGCAAUUCUAUCAGGGUGCCGCGGGGUUUGGGGUUGAAGGUUGCACUGGCGUUGCCGACGUGGUCUUUGUUGACUUAGCCAAGCGCCACGUUCUGACCAUACUGGGUCCAGACUACAGCAGCAGCGAUGUCACCGACUAUAUCAGCUCGAACUACACGACACAUGACUUCCUACCAGAAUUCGUCAGGCGAUCGGAUAUCUUCCAAGCUAGUAUGCCGGAUUGUAUCUCUGCCUAG